GUUGCAGGCAAGUGUGUGCUUAUUGAGAGCUCAAGGAAGAAAAACCAAAAAAAAAAACCCUUCAUUUCAGACAUCCAUUGAUCAAUCAGAAGCUGGGAAUGCAAAUCAUCUCAGUUUGAGGUCCAAGUUUUGCUUGUUUUCCUGCGAAAGAGAGAGAGAAAAGGAGCUGAGUUUGAGCCUUGAGAGAUGGAAGCCAUGGAGGAUAGAGACAAGCAUGUCUAUAUGGCCAAACUGGCUGAGCAGGCUGAGAGAUAUGAUGAAAUGGUGGAGUACAUGAAGAAGGUAGCUCGGAUGGACAUUGAACUGACCUCGGAGGAGAGAAAUCUGCUAUCUGUUGGCUAUAAGAAUGUUAUUGGUGCGAGGAGAGCUUCUUGGCGUAUACUCUCUUCGGUUGAGCAGAAGGAAGAGGCGAAGGGAAAUGAGGCUAAUGUUAGGAGGAUAAUGGAUUACAUGAAAAGAAUUGAAGAUGAACUCACAAAGAUUUGCAAUGAUAUACUGUCCAUCAUUGCCAUCCACCUCCUCCCAUCAUCCACUGCUGGCGAGUCUAUUGUGUUCUUCUACAAGAUGAAGGGUGAUUAUUACCGAUAUUUGUCUGAAUUUAAGACUGGAGAACAGAGAAAGGAAGCUGCAGAUCAGUCUCUCAAAGCUUAUCAGGCUGCUACUAGUACUGCUAUGACUGAACUGCCUUCCACUCAUCCAAUCAGGCUUGGUCUUGCCCUGAAUUUCUCUGUAUUUUACUAUGAGAUACUGAACUCUCCUGAAAGAGCUUGUCACUUGGCCAAACAAGCGUUUGACGAGGCUAUAACUGAGCUUGAUUCCCUCAAUGAAGAAUCUUACAAAGACAGUACACUGAUAAUGCAGCUUCUCAAAGAUAACUUGACUUUAUGGACCUCUGAUUUGCCGGAGGAAGGCGGUGAACAAUCAAAGGGAACCAGCAUCGACAUGGAGCAGGACUAGUCGAUCGGCCAUCACCGCAACAACUCCGGCCAUCGUCACCUAAAAACAGAGCUAUUUCAUCUUGUUUUUCCCCCUAUGGUUUGAUUCUGAAUGUAUUGUGUUGUUGUUGUUGUAAUGGGUUUGAGUUUAUGAAUCUCAAACCAUUUGUUUCUGGAUUCCUUCCAACAUUGUAGACAUACCCAUGUGGUAAACUUAAAAUGUGAUUAUGUAAAUUGUUCCUCUGCCUUUUUUUUU